CCAUCAGUGGUCCGCGCCAUACACAGCAGCACCAGUUAUCCGCCGUUGGUCGCACGUCGCACGCGCUCUCGGUUCACUAACUGUAUUACAUUCUGAAAUCACUUGCAACAGAAAUUUAAGUGUGUGAUUUGUGAUUGACCGUACCACCGUCGCAUUGUUCUGAUACAUUUUUCAAAGCUUCCGUACCGCACUGUGUCGAACGGUUACCAAUGCGAAUCACCGCCAAACGCGAGUGACUUGUUCUUAUUCGGUUUCUGUUAAACAGCGAUUCGAGUAAAAUGAUUCAAGUGGCAGCGACGCCGAUGAUUGUUAAACCAAAAAUUGGAUUUUCUAUCGAAUCCAUUGUCGGCGCUGGAUCCAGGUCGCCGACUAGAAGCGAAGGAUCUUCAGUGGCUCCAGAUGAAAGCGAACCGUGCAGCUCGGGCGCCGGUUCACCGCUAAACCCGGGUAGUGUGUCUCCUCCGCCAUCGUCGCAAUCCCGUCGGAAUGAACCACAUCGCCAGCAUCAACAACAGCAGACCGUGUUCAAGCCUUCCGCUCUGACGGCCGCCGGUUACGGCUCAGCCGCUCAUUUGGCCAAAGGCUUACAAUAUGUCCACGAACCCCUUACGCCUCCACCACAAGCGCCUCAUCCGCAUCAUCCAUUCGCGUUUGCCGCGGCCGCAGCGGCUGCAGCAGCCGCACACCAUUUUCAACCUAACCCACACCAUCCACAACACCAUCAGGCUGCCAGAGACACGUAUCCGUUGUACCCGUGGCUUUUAUCCCGACACGGAAGGAUAUUUCCUCACAGAUUUCCUGGAGGACCCGAUAUUCCUGGAUUCUUGUUACAACCCUUCAGAAAACCGAAAAGAAUAAGAACGGCAUUCAGUCCGAGCCAGUUGCUCAAAUUGGAACACGCUUUCGAAAAAAAUCACUAUGUGGUCGGCGCCGAAAGGAAACAGUUGGCCCAGUCACUGAGUCUGACAGAAACUCAGGUCAAAGUUUGGUUUCAGAACAGACGUACAAAGCACAAGAGGAUGCAACAGGAAGAGGAAGCCAAAGUGCAACAGUCUGGUGGCAAUAGCGGUUCCAAAAACAAUACACACCACGUGAACAAGUGGAAACAAGAGACGCAGAACAGCGGUGGUUCCGAUAGUGAGAUGCACAAUUACGCGGACGGUGGGUCACCGCUCCACGGAGAUGACGGUCUCCAACACUACGACGGAUACAGUUCCGAGGCGGACAGCGAUGUCUGAGGUGGCCACCAGCUCCGGAACCAUUCGUUCAACUACCCGCCUACCUAUAGUAUAACCCGUUAGGUUUUUCUCAACGGCCCGCCGACUCGACGGCUUUGGACUACGUUUCCGUGCGAUUCAACGGCAUUCGAAGAAGAGGUAAUGUAAAAGUGAAAAUGCUGACAUUAUCAGUAUCACCUUGUCUAGAAAAACUUCAAAUCCUAAAAAGGCCGCGGAGCAUUUAAAUGUCUUCUAUUAUGGUCAGCUUCUAGCGACCGAAUUACAUUCUUACUGUUUACUGCGAAAGCGGUGAGAUCGUCGAGUGACAUACGUGUGCGGGCGAACUGUCCAAAUUCUAGUCAUUACAUGUUAAUAAAUUCUAUUAUUUUUGAGUGUACAUAUUAGUAUAUCAUGUGUCAAAAAAUGUUGUAAAUUUAUGUGUAAAUAUUAUUUUAGUACAUAUAAUUAUUAUUAUAUAUGUGUAAUUUGUGAAAUUUUUUUUUUAUUAUUAUCAUUAUUUCCAUUAACAUUAUACUAUUGUACAAAGUAAAAGACUAAUGAUAAUAUACUCAUUAUAGAACGUCUAGAAUGUAUUAUUAUUAUUAUUAUUAUAUUAUUAUUGCGAUUAUAUAUAGUUAUUAUUAUUAUUAUUCUGGAAAAGACAAUGGCUUGUAAGAUAAAAAUAAUUCACCUACUCGCAAAGAUUGUGCAUUUGCGUUUACUGCUAAUUAUUGUGUCGUUCAAUGAACUCGCGUUAUUGGACAAAUAAGACUUUGUUGUAGCAAUUUUCGUUCGAAUAAUAAUUAUUAAUAAAUAAUAAUUAUAAUUGUUUAA